ACAAGAUGAACUGCACCGCCAUCAACAGCAACCAGAUUGAAACGACACCGAACAACCAUCCCCGGCUGAUGGGGGGUAUGGCCACGGCGACCCCACUCUCCAGCAACGCAUCCCGCACGGCAAAGGCUACCAUCUGUGGUGGACCGAACGGACCGUCGGGUCCAACCGGAGGCGGAGGAUCCAUCGGGACGACCGUGUUCUUCCACCGCACCACCAACAACCUGCUUGAUGUGCCACGUACCGCCAACAGCUCCGAGGAAGAAAACUCCCCAACGGAACUAAACACCUGCCGCAAGCUAACCGAGAAGCCCCCGUUGGUGAAACGACUAACGAUGGGUAUCCUCCGGACGGCCGAGGACAGCAGACCGCUGGUGCACAGCUCGUCCUCACCCUCGAGCUCAUCCAGCUCUUCACAGACGAUCUCCGAUGGGUACGUGAACGAAGGUAUCUGCGCCGACACGGCCGAAACAUCCCUCUCCACCACCGUGUUUACCACCAGCAAGAUCUCCGCCCCGAACGGAACGUCUCCUAGCAUGUCAAUCCCAACGACCACAACGACGACGGCGAUGGGCGUGACGAGUCGAAACCCGCUCUCGCCGGGAACGUCUUUCGGCCACGGUUCCAUCCUGCACGAUGUCGGCGGACCACGGUACAAUCACACGGCAACGACGCUACUCUACCCGCCGGCCGUUCCCAUCCGGAACGACAGUCUCAGCCUCAAGGAGCAGCACGAGCUGAAGGGUGCACCCUGGUUCCAGGCGGGCAUACCGCGCGAAAUUUCCCUCGAAGUCCUAUCGCGCCAGAAUCCGGGCGCAUUUCUCGUACGCCAGAGCACGACAAAGCCGGGCUGUUUCGCGCUCUCACUUCGUGUUCCACCGCCGGCACCCAAAGUAGCGCACUACCUAAUACUGAGGACGAUACGGGGGUACAAGAUUAAGGGCUUCACGAAGGAAUUCACCUCACUCCGGGCGCUCAUCACACAUCAUUCCGUUAUGCCGGAGUUGCUUCCGGUUCCGCUAGCGUUGCCACGACCACCACAGAUCGUCCACCGUCAGGAGGACCCGGAGACGUACGGUUCGCUGAACGACUUCCAGAACAUGAUCACCGAGUAGUAGGGAUUGUUCUUUCCUGAGUUAAGACCACAACACGAUCGCAAUCUGUUCCUGAUUAUUGUUUAUAACGAUCAAAGCUAGGACGCCGGCGAGUAAGACGAUCGCUUCUAUUUAUUUAAUCUACCGUUAACGGGUUUCUGAUUCUGUUCAGAUAAAUUUGUUCACUACUAGCAGAAAAGGGAAACUUGCUUUUCGUUCAAAACGUACCUUGACGAUUGGAUUAAAAUGGUUUUUCGUAAGGAUCAGCUAUAAAGGUAUCGAAAUACUCGUACAAGAAGUUCAGAAAAAAACACUUGGAGAACACGUGUUUGGAUGCUGUUUUCGUAGAUAUGAUUUUCCUAUGAAAUGCUCUGGAAAGCAUACUCGUGUGUAAACUAAUCCAGAAAAAAUAGGGGAAAAAUGAUAUUAAGUAAUGAUAGCGAAAUAUCGGAACAUCGUUGCAGAGGGUCAAAGAUCGGGAACUGAUCGUUCGAUGUGCGAGCAAAUGUAUAGAAACAAAAUUUCACACUAGUCAGUGCUCUUGAAAAAGCAGCUUAAAAACACACUCAACAACUGCUUUAACGGAAUGAGAAGAAGGGGAAAAAAUAAACGGCGAACAAAUUACAAAGGUAAACCUUGUGAUGGAAAUAAAGAAAAACGAAAGGGCAAGUUUAGAUAAAAUAUACAUCAUUGAUAAAAAUAACAGAGGAUCAUUUGAACAACAAGUCAAACCGCGUCGCUGUAGAACGUUUGAUGAAACAAUUAAAUUGGUAAAACAUACAAGUUUAAUCAAAUGUAAUAACAAUUCAAAUCUAAACAAAAAACACCAGCAAAACAAUUAAUAAUGUGAAGGAAAAUACCAAAAACUUAACCGACCGGACAGUAACCGGUAGGACGAGUACAUUGUAUUAUUUAAAGUGUAGUUUAAUUUCUCUAUAGUAACGAUCGUAGUAAGCUUCAAUUUUCUAAGUAGAGAAUUCGUUCAAUUCAGCAUCGUUGAUAUGACGAUUUCGAGUUGUUUGAUCCUUUUUGAAAUUCUUGAGUACGUCGCGUUUUGCUUCCGC